AUGGCAGCCCUUAGGCUAAGUAUCCCUCUCGGCGACGAUGACAAGAACCGACAAGAAUUUGUGCUCCGAAUCCACUCAAUCAGCAGAUGGCGUCAGUUGCUGAAUGUUCGUCGUCUAACGAGGGUCACCAAUGCCAGGGAGCAGGCACGUACGCCCCCCAAACCAGCGCAACAGUAUCGCCGGCUUGCUCUGGUGGAUCGCCACCAACGUAUGAACGUGGAGCAGGAUCAAAUGUCAGAGCCAGAGAGUCUGGAACUAUGUGGUGGAGCAAGCGCCUCGGAAAGCGGUGACGUCUCCAACACGAGCAGGUGGUCACAUUCUACCGUGUCCCUUGAUGAUGAGGAGCAAUCUGACUGUCAAGAUGACUCGGGAACGGCUAGACUCGACCCUGAAUUCGAUGAUCGGGAUAUUCUAAACAAUCGAAAGGAGGCCUUGCUUAUUCUCGGGGGCCACAAGGAGUCUAUCCCAGACCGAAACUACACCGGAGCGCAUACCAAGGCAUUUGAGCGGAUUUUCAGAAAGGAGGAAGAGGAAAGGCAUAAGCGUGAGCUCGAGCACGCUCACAGUGACCUUCAUGGUGAUUCUCUAGGCGUCACUGAUCUGCCGCAGACUCCAAGUCGGCGGCUUCCAACCAGCGGGUGGCCACUCCUCCGGGCCAUCAUCCUCAGCUCCCUAUAUAAGGAGAGCGUUCGAGAUUUCCCUCUCGCUUUCGAUAAGCAGGUGUACCUGCUGAAGCUCCAGGAGUUCAAGGACGGCCGGAUGAUGGUGGUGGAUGCUCGGAAUCUCAACGCAUGUUCCAAUGCCGAGUUGGUCAAGAGGAUGACAGAGGUGGAGCAGAGGGGGUGGCGAGAUAUUCUGUGGGUGUUGGGCCCGAAAGAUGGGCUCCCCAGGGAAUUGAUGACAAACAGAAGUGCCAAGGAGCUGGAUUGGGGACACAAGUCCAUGAUCUGA